AUGAGUUCCCGAGCAUGCGAUACGUGUAGAAAACGCAAGGUCAGAUGCGAUGGCGUUGAUUCUUCCCCGACGGAGAAUCCCUGCUUUCACUGCCGCAUGUCAGGCACAGCAUGUCAGUAUGAACAAACGCCGAAGAAGCGCGGGCCCAAAUCCAAGCGUUCAGACGCCAGCGAUCGCCUUCGCCGAACAAGGCCAUCACUGCUGAGCAACGAUCAUGAUGCUUCCCCACUAUCUGGCACAGCCUCACCAUUACCUUUGGCUACUAGUCCCACCUAUGAGGGGCAGAUGCUGGCCUGGGAACUCAGAGUAUCGGCCAGAACCACCGACUUGAUCGUCUCCCCAUCUCUCGAAACGGCGGUCCUCAAUGCCAGAAUCGAAACUAUUCAUCAAGACCUUGUGCGCUCCAUAGAGGCAAUAGAUGUAAAGAAUACAUCUUGGUCACUAGACGCAACAGUCAAACGGUGUAUCGACAUCUACAUGAAUGUCAUUUUUGGCAUCCGGCCCAUUGUCAGCGAGGCCCGAAUCCGUUCCAACCUCUGCCUCAAGCCUCCAAAUUUGAGGACUAAUCUCAACUCGCUUAGGUUUCUCUCCCGGACAAUGCUUUCUUCAGACACACUAGUUGACCUAGAGAGGAUUCGAUCAUAUACCCUUGUAACCGCCCUCUGUGCUGCGACCGCGUACCUGCUGUCAGCCAGCGACGCCCCUGAGGAAGCCGUGGUGGGACCAAUGUUUCUACAUGCGUCUCGUGAGAUGCUACAUAUUUACGAGCAUUUGGAUGUGGAAUGCCCCGAUUCCAGCUCACUUGUCAUCCGCAUGUUCCAGGCAGGUGCUCUACAUACAGAUGGUAAAUUGCGCCUCUCGUGGCAUCUUUUCGGUGCCGCACUUCGACUCGGCGAACAGAUGCAGCUAGAGGAUCCGCGCUCGUUUCAGGGUAUGGAUCCUCUCGAAGCUCGGCUGCGAGUCAUGGCUUUUCGUACCAUCCGGAUUUCCGCUCGCUACCACCGGAUACUCGAAAACCAUCCUCUCAGCAUAUGCGACCCUCCAUGGUCAGCACUUGGGUCUCUAGAUGAUGAGCCUAAGAUUUCGCUGAUGAUGAGUUCAUCAUCGUGGGAUAAACCUCCGGAGUAUGAAUCACAGCUCCUCGUGGCGUUUGAACUAUUUGAGAGGAUCUGGGUAGUGGCAUCGGAAAUUUUGAUGGACCUCGAAUGUUUUGUCCGAUUUGACCGACGCGAUACGUCCGUCUUAUCCACGCUGCUAGAGUCACACCAGAACCACUUUCUCGAUCCGUACUCGACCUUCCUGGGUUUGUUGGACCAACUACCUCCGUUCCUGCACUCGCCUGAAUCGGUUAAGCACAUCAGGCACCUAGAUGAGACCGUUACUGAGAUCCAGUGCCGCCAAUUCUGGAUCCAGCGCGCUAAUCUGUUUGUCAAUUACCACUGCUUACGCAUGCUAAUUUUGAAUCGGUUUGCUCAGUACGGCCUGACAACGAUGAUCGGCGUACAGAAAACGGAUACUAUGGUUGCGUUACGAAAGACCGAGAUUGCGCACGAUAUGAACGUCUUCCUAACAAAUGCCCCGAUUGAUUCUUUGCUUGUGAAUGGUGAAGCAUGUGUAGCUAAAAUCCGUUACAUGGGCGCCACGCUUCUCGAAGUGAUUCAUCAGGUCCAAGCUCCGCAGGUUGUUAAGCGAGCUCACUCGCUAUUUUCCUCUUUGUUGGAUAUUCUAACCAAGCUUGACUCUCGAGCGUCCGAUGAACUCAUUAGCAAGAAUCAUAAUGCGUCUAUCCUUUGA